AUGACGAUUGAAUGGUUGGAAAAAUGUAUCGAAAUGGCUGGUUAUUACCCCGAUUGGAAGCAAAGAAAACAAAUUCAUAAUACAAAUAUUAAAAGACAAGAUAUUGACUGCAUAGGCAAAGCUGAAAAAGCUCUUUCAAAUAAAUUAGUCACAUUUGUUAGAACAGUAGGAGAAACUGUACCUCCUUUCCUUCGUGAAGAAUUAAAAGAAAAAUUUUAUCAAUGGAUUGAUGCUACCGGGAUUAAUGCUAAAAAUUGUCCUAAAAGAUUGGCCUUCUUUUUACUUGGAGUUCAUGAAAUAUUGGAAGGCAAAGAUGCGAAAAUUGAACGAGAUUCUGAAAAUAAAAAAAGAAAUUUAGAUCCUGAAUCCCAAGAGUACGAUAAAGAACUUAAUAGAAUUUUUGCUUAUAUUCAGGCUCCAUUGCAAAAAGAAAGAAAUGAAGUGAUCUCACUUGAAGGUAAAAGAUGGGAUAAUAUCAGUAUUGAAAAUCAAUUUGAAGGCGAUGCAAAUUGA